CUUGUUUUAUAAUGAACAGAUUUAUUAAGAGAUUGCAGUGGAGCCAGGCUGGGGGAUGGAUAAGUGGGUUAGGAGGGGAUAUAACUAUAGUUUUGGUUGUUCUGGUAGCAACUGCUUUUGCAGAGAGGACUGUGGAAGGAUAUUUGAAGGAAGGAUUUGAUGCUGGUAGUUUGAAGGGGCCUGAAGAUGAUGAUCAUAAGAAGCCGUUUAAUAUUAUUUGUAAAGAGAAAGGAUACCCAUUUGAGACACACAAAGUCUUAACUGAAGAUAGGUAUUGGCUGACGCUUUUCCGAAUUCCAGGAGCAAAAGGAGAAACUAGGGAGGAAGCUAUAGCGCAAAGAAAGCCAGCUAUUUUCUUGCAGCAUGGAAUUUUAGACUCUGCUGACACCUGGAUCAUGCACUAUGAAGAUGAAGCACCUGCUUUUGUCCUUGCUAAUGCAGGAUACGAUGUCUGGCUUGGAAAUACUAGAGGAAAUAAGUAUAGUAGAGAACAUCAGACUUUAAAUCCUGACUACUCUGAUGAAAAAGAAGAGUUUUGGGACUUCAGUUUCCAAGAGAUGGCUCAGUAUGACGUACCUGCCAAUAUUGACUAUAUCCGGGAGGAAACUGGCAAAUGGAGGAUCGGGGUUAUGGCUCACUCACAAGGUACUACACAAAUGUAUAUCAGAAUGACCCAAGAUAACUCUUGGUGGAAGUGGAGAGUUGCAGUUUUUGUCAGUUUGGCAGGAGUUGCUAGACUAGACCAUUGUGGAUCAAGUUUACUCACAACCUUAGCCCAACAUGAAUCUCUUAUCGAGAAUAUUAAGAGAUUAGGUGUUUAUGAGAUGUUCCCUGCUGAUUACUUACAAAGCGCUGCUUUCUCAAGAAUUUGUAAAGGAUUUCCUAUUGUUUGCAAACUAGCUAUCCAAUUAGUUGCAAAUGAAAAUAAGGAAUUAGAUGAAGAAAAGAGGCUUGCAACAUUUAUGGGUCACUAUCCCUCAGGAUGUAGUCUAAAGAGUUUGCAUCACUUUUCUCAAAUCCUCAAUUCGAAGAGAUUCCAAAACUUUGAUUACGGAAAAGAAAAGAAUCUAGAAAUAUAUGGUGACGAGAUUCCUCCAGAAUACGAUUUCAGCAAUAUUUACGGAAACAAGAUUAUUCAGGUCUAUGGAACCGCUGAUCUCCUUGCUACUCCUGAAGAUUCCUUGUGGUUGAAAGAGCAGCUAGGAGACAACCUCAUCUUCUCUCAAGAGUACGACCUUGGGCACAUGAGCUUCCUUCUUGCUGCAAAUAUGACUUUCUUCGAUGAUGUCAUGGAGGUAUUGCAAGAGAACACCUGGUGGUAAAGUAAAUCCCAAUCAUAAUUAAGAGUUGAGGACGAACUGUUUUCA